AUGUGGAAAGGAUUUGACCGAUUUCGAAAAAUACAUUCGGCCAAAUGUUGCAAAGUAUUCGCAAAUCUCUCCCUCGCACACUCACACUUUCCCUCUGACUUUCUAAAGUACACAUAUUUCUAUCUGUUCAUUAUUUAUCUAUCUAUCUAUCUAUCUAUCUAUCUAUCUAUCUCCUGGGCAAAUUUGAAUAGCCCCGCCUAUCCGCAUCCAUGUGAACAGGUCGAUAUCUAUUCUCUUUGUGUUCGCUUCAAAUAUUUCUCUCUCACACACUUUUCAAGCCAAAUGUUUGGGUUUUUUUUUUCGGUGGUGGGGGGCUAUAAUUUCGUUUUUCUUCCUCCUCCAUUUGAUGAUUUUUUCUUUCAAUUUAUUUUCUCUUUCACUGACUCUUUUUUUUCUCUCAAUUUCUUUUCUCUCUCCAUCUAUUGUUUUCUAUAUUUCCUUCCCUUUCUCUCCUUGCUUUUCCUCCUCUCCUCCAUUUCAUCUUACUCUUUCUCUUCUUUCGCACACUGUCUUUUGACGUUUUCCUUCCUUUUCUUCGCUAUCUUCAUUCUCUCUUUCACCUCUCUCUCUCUCUCUCUCUCUCUCUCUCUCUCUUAUUCAAUAUUUAUCUUUAGUUUUGCCUUAGUUUUUCUUUUUCCUCUCUCAAUUUUAUUGGCUUCUAACUUACAGCCAUUAUUUUUCAAGCUCUGCAACGAUUCACUUUGA